AGGAAAAGAAAAGCCAAUAGAAAAAGGAGAGAGAAAAGAAAAACUGAUGAAAGAAGAAAGAAAAGAGUGUUAAAUAAACACACAUCAAUGGAUUUUUCCAUAGAUUCCUUUCAUUCAUUUACAGCUUCACAUUCACUCUCACUCACUACACAAACAAAAACAAAACACACAAUCACUUGGGUGAAGAAGGGAUGAACAAGACAACAACCUUGGUAGCUCCAAACGAUGUUCCUGCUGGUGGUUUUGAAGUUGGUGAAGGAAGUGGAGGUGGACAUGGAAAUGGUGGUGGUGAUGGUGGAAAAGAUGGUUUUUUUACUGAAAAGGAGAAUACCCAGUUGGAAAAUGAGGAUACCCAGAUGGAAAAUUCUGAUGAAGAAAAUGGGGAUGAUGAUCUUGAACUUGAAGAAAGACUUCCUUCUCUUGGUGAUGGUUUCUAUGAGAUUGAAGCUAUUCGUCGUAAGAGAUACCGCAAGGGUAAGUUGGAGUACUUUGUGAAAUGGUUGGGCUGGGGUGAGCAUGCAAACACUUGGGAGCCUCCAGAUAAUUUAGUUGGUGUUCCUGAAAUUAUUGAAGCUUUUGAGAAGGGCUGUAAAACACCAAAGCAGCCAAAGCAGCAAAAGCGCAAACGCAAGCAUGCAGGUCCUCAAACUCAAGUCAAGAAGAGGGUGGAACGUUCCGCCACUCCUUACAGCCUUAGAUGCUUAAAAACUAGCACCGCGAACAACAACCAUGCACAGGCAGCUGCUAACAACCAUUCAGCGCCUGCCUCUCUCAGUGAACAACUUCCUUAUAUUCCCAACACUCCUGCAUUUCCUCAGACUGUGCUGUUUGCCGAUGAAGUUGAAAAUAAUGGUGAGGGAAGCAGUCUUACUAAAGAAAACCAUGCUAAUGACAAUAAGACUGCAAAUCCUCCAGAAGAGGUUCCUCAAAAUAACGAGGAAAAGGAGUAUGACCCUAAGCUUAGUGAACUUAAAGCUACGACAUCUAAUGGGAUUGAUGCUGACAAACCUGAAGAUGCGACUACCAAUGGAAAUGGUGCAGGCAACCUCGCAAUGCAGUUUCAAGAAGCUAUGGUUCCUCCAGGAGAAACUGGCAUGAAUGAUCAACCAAUGGUGGUUAGCACAGAAGGAAAUGUGGUUAGCACAGAAGGAAAUGAGGUUAGCACAGAACCAGUUCAAAGUGGCUCCGGAAGACCAAGAGGCAGGCCGAGAAAAUCUCUUGCUAAGAAGUUCAAGAUAGAUUCAUGUGCUGAUAAGCCUGGUAAUACACAAAUUCCAAAUUCGGCACCGGUUGAUACAGCUGAGCUAGCACAAACAGGCGUUACUGAUAAUGCGACUGCUAGUAGUAAUACAGCGACAGAAUCUGUUAAACCCGCAGGCGAUAUUGUCAAGAUUAUUAAGCCAGUAGGCUAUACACCUGCAGCAGCCAGCACCACACAGGAUGUUUUGGUGACUUUUGAGGCUAUAAGGUCUGAUGGAUCUGAAGUUGUGGUCGAUAACAAUCAUCUCAAAACAUAUCAUCCGAUCCUAUUGAUUGAUUACUAUGAGCAGCAUCUGCGCUACAAUCCGAAAGCAAUGUGAUUGAAGAGAUUACAAGAGGGAGCUUCUGGCUAGAUUUUGAUGUGUUCCUAUUUAUGCUGGAGAUAGUAAAGGGAAAUGGAACCUUUGUUUGUUAGUAAUACAUAGGUAUGAAUAUGAUGACUAUUUAAACUGCGGAAAAGUUUGUGGCUAGAUACUUUGCUGCAUGCCGAUGAGUGCCUCCACAUUUGAAUUUGGAGGUGGUUUCUAUAGAGUUUGCUGAAGACAAAACUCUCUUUUGGUUUAAUUUAAAAUUUUCUGGAACUUCCUAAUUAUUUGUGAGCAUUUUGUACUUGCUUGCCAUAUUUUUCAGUAUUGAUUGGUUGAUUGACCUGA